AAGCUAUUUAGUGCUGCACACACUUCCGGUCCGUGACGUGUAACGGGAAGGGCUGUUUCCGUGCCUUGAAGUAAAACCGAUAGUAACCAGGAGACACAGCGGAGCCGGGCUGCCGGGCAGAGGAGGCCAGAGAACCAUGAAGCUGUACAGCCUGAGCAUACUCUAUAAGGGAGACUACAAGGUCCACCUGCUGAAAAGUGCCUAUGAUGUAUCCUCCUUCAGCUUUUUCCAGAGGUCCAGUGUCCAAGAGUUUAUGACCUUCACCAGCCAGCUGAUUGUGGAGCGGUCAGAUAAAGGAAGCCGGUCAUCGGUGAAGGAGCAAGAAUAUCUCUGCCACGUGUACGUGCGUAAUGACUGCCUGGCCGGCGUAGUGGUGGCUGAUGCGGAGUAUCCUCAGAGAGUCUGCUUUACUCUCCUAGAAAAGGUCUUAGAGGAGUUCAGCACCCAGGUGGACAGGAUAGACUGGCCAUCUGGCUCCCCAGCCACUAUCCAGUACAAUGCUUUGGACUCUUAUCUUGCAAAGUACCAGAACCCACGGGAUGCAGAUCCAAUGAGUAAAGUGCAGGCUGAGCUGGACGAAACCAAAAUCAUUCUGCACAACACUAUGGAGUCCUUAUUGCAGCGUGGGGAGAAACUGGAUGACUUGGUCAGUAAAUCAGAAGUGUUGGGAACCCAGUCCAAGGCCUUUUACAAAACGGCACGGAAACAGAAUUCAUGCUGUGGGAUUAUGUGAUGUGACAAACGCUGCGGAGAACGGACACAAGACAAUGAACACUAAGACAUCAGGGGGCUGACGUACCAAAUUGGCCGUUAUCCAGUCCUUCCAUCCCCACCAGGGGGCAGUACAAGCAGCACUGCCAUCAGAUCAGUUCUAUUUUUACAGUCAUUUGUGACUGGGGGGGAUGGCUUGUUAGCAUAGACUGUUGAUGUGUUCCUCAUUUCUACUGCAAGACCUAAAAUUCCAAUAGUUUGCCCCCCCCCCUGUCUUGAGUAACAUGCCCAUGGUGGGGGAGUAAUGUGACCAUUAUAUGUUCAACACAAACAUUCCUCUGAUGUGUAACGUGAUCCGAUUGUCACCAAACAUCCUAUAUGUUAAAAAGCUCACCAGGCUUCAGAGUGAUGUUCAGUGAUUCUGUAAUAUGUUUUGCAGUAAUGCUACAUGGAUUGAACCCCAAAAUGAUCUCCCUUUGAGGGGAUAUGGUUAAUCGUCAAGCCUGCUUUGCCCUCUAACAAUCAUGUUUAGUGUAAUGUCAUUUUAACCCUCGUAUUUUCCAUACAGCAAGAUAUCUCCCAAUUGCAUUAACCUUUUAGUAUUUGGAGAGUGGCAAUAUUGCCCCCCUUCCAUCCUCCUGGAGCGCCAAUGCUGUAAGGGUUAUAUCAGGAGAGGAAAUUAAAGCAUCUGAACAUGCGCACUCCACAAAUUAACCCUUUCUUCAUUAAUGCCGAAGAUCUGAAGUUUCUCUCACCACCUCGUCUUAUCCAAAAACUGUUCAACAACCGAUGGAUUAAAUCUCUCUGUGGACCUACUUGAUGUGGAAAUGGUUAAUUCACAUGCUGUAUAGAUAAGUUAUUAAUGUAUUUCAGUGUAUUUUUUUUUUUUUUUUUUAUUCUGAUCUCCAGUGAAUAUUAUGUUUUGUUGUUUUUUUUUCAACUCUUUCUGGCAAAAAAUGUAUUUUAAUAAAGAUUGGUUAAACUUUUCUGUA